UAUAACCUGGAUGACAGAGCGAGACUCAGAAAACAAAAAACUGUAAACUUUAUUUCUGAACAUAAGCUCCAUGAAGUUCAAGGCACUUUUGUAAGUGAUAACACCAGCCAUUUGGGCCAUCCCUAAAGAACUGAGAGUCCUGGGAAUUUAACCAUGUCAAUAAAGUCUUUUUACAUUAUUAACUGAAGAAAAAUGGGUGCCCUAUGAAGAGUUUUCAAGAUUAGGAAACAGAAGUCAGAAGGAGACAAAUCAGGACUGUAAAGUGGAUGCCUGAUGAUUUCCAGUUGAUACUCACAGAAUUGCCCUUAUUUGAUGAAAGAAAAGAGGAGGGGCAUUGUUGUGAUGGAGAAGGACUCUAUGGUGAAGCUUUCCCAGGCGUUUUUCUGCUAAACAUUUGACUAAAGCUUUAGCAGAAAAGCUUUAGUUUAGAAACAUUUAGAAAAGCUACUGUUUCUCAAAAACACUCUCUAAUAAGCAGAUGUUACCAUUCUUUUUACCUCCAGAAAGUCAACAAGCAAAAAUACCUUGAGCAUCCCAAAAAGCUGUGGUCAUGCCCUUGCUUUUGACUGUCUGCAUUUGCUUUGAUUGGACCGCUGCCGUUCUGGGGGAGCCAUUGCUUUGAUUGUGCUUUAAGAUCAUACUUGUAAAGUCAUGUUUCAUCUCCUGUUACAAUUUUUUGAGGAAAUGCUUUAGGAUCUUGAUCCCACUUGUUUAAAAUUUCCAUUGAAAGCUCUGCUGUCAUCUGCAGCUGAUCUGGGUGCAACAGUUUGGGCAGCCAUCAAGUGGAAAAUUUGCUCAACUUUUAUUUUCAGUCAGAAUUGUAUAGGCUGAAUUAGUUGUCUAUGGUGUUCGCUGUUGGUUCUGCUAUUAAUUAUAGGUACUCUUCAUUUAGGGCACGAACCAGGUGAAUGUUUUCCUCAAAAAUUGAUGUGGAUGGUCUGCUGCAGCAGGCUUCAUCUUCAACAUCAUCUCAUCCCUUAAAAUGAGUUACUGAUUUGUAUGCUGCUGAUUUUCUUGGGGGCAUCGUCCCCAUCAAUAAAGCAUCAGUGAUUUCACCAUUCUUCCAACCAACCUCCAUAUAAAUGUGGUGUUUUUUCUUGCUUCACUUUUAGCAGAAUUCAUGUUGCUGUGGUAGAGGUUCUUUUCAAACUGUCUUACUCUUCUUAGUGCCUCAAACUAGAUCCUGUUUAGACAUGAAUGAUAAGUUAGUGUGAGUUUCUUUUGGAAAUAUGUUUUGCAAAAAAAAAAUUUGAAAUCCAUGCAUGGUUUUUGCAUGAUAUGCAUUUUCCAUGAACUUUUUGAAAACCCCUCAUAUAUGAGAAUACUUACAUAGUGAGCAUUCUUUGCUGAAACCUCUCUCCUAAGCUCCAUAUCGCAUAUAUAAGUACUUGGUAUGAAGGCCCCUAGAUGGUGCCAAAGGUAGAUAUUUCACAUUUAACAUGAGUCAAAAAAUAAAAAUAAAAACAAACAAACAAAAAAAACCAUCUUUGUUCUAUCUCCCUUUCUUGUAAUUGGUCAUCUCUAGUGAAAUUGUUUUGAUUUGGCCUCCUAAAUGUUUUCAUGUUUUACUUCUCCAUUCCCAUACCCUAUACUUUUUCCAAGCUCUCAUUUCUGCUCACCUGGAUUAUUGCAGAAGUUUUCAAACUAAUUUUCUUGCCUCAAUAUACAUCCCUUUAAUUUUUAUCCAGAGGAAUCCACUUAACCAUGUAAAAUUAUUUAACAUCCCUCCUAAAAAUCCUGAAGUGGCUCUCCUGUAACUUUUAGUUUAUAAGUUCAAACUCUUUGUCUUAGCAUAUGAGGUACAUGGUGAUCUGGCCCUGCUACCUUUCCACCCUCAUCUCUUCUCACUUAAUCACAGGCAUCCUAUGGUGCAGCCAUAGCAAGCUCUUUGCCUGAGACACACGUGCUCCCACCUUUUCCCAUGCUAUUCCCUCUGCCUGGAAUUUUCUUUUGGGCUUAUUCUCAUUCCCUUUCAUUCAUCCUUCCAACCUCCCACUCCAGGCAAAUCUGUCUUGAUAUCGCUCUCCAGACUGCCUCUGCUUGAUGCCCUUUUUCUGGGCCCCAUAACACUCUUGCAGCUUUUAUCACUCCCUGUCACUGUUUGUAUCCCAUAGUAUACUGAACAGCUUGGAAACAAAGAUUUUCUCUUCUCUGUGCUCCCAUUUGUUAGUACAAAGAUUGACAUAAAUAUUUGCUGAAUGUAUUCAUGAAUGAAAGGAAAGGAAUAGUCUUUCUGAAAAGGAGAAUGGUAUGAACAAUGCAUUGUGUUAUAAAAGCAGAGUCGUAUGGCAUGGAUUUUGGAGUCAGACAUAAGUGAAUAGAAGAUGAACAAACCCAUAACACCAUCAACAUAUGUGCGCUGCCUCAAUGUUGGACUGAUUAGGAAGCUGUCAGAUUUUAUUGAUCCUCAAGAAGGAUGGAAGAAGUUAGCUGUAGCUAUUAAGAAACCAUCUGGUGAUGAUAGAUACAAUCAGUUUCACAUAAGGAGAUUUGAAGCAUUACUUCAAACUGGAAAAAGUCCCACUUCUGAAUUACUGUUUGACUGGGGCACCACAAAUUGCACAGUUGGUGAUCUUGUGGAUCUUUUGAUCCAAAAUGAAUUUUUUGCUCCUGCGAGUCUUUUGCUCCCAGAUGCUGUUCCCAAAACUGCUAAUACACUACCUUCUAAAGAAGCUGUAACAGUUCAACAAAAACAGAUGCCUUUCUAUGACAAAGACAGGACAUUGAUGACACCUCUGCAAAAUCUUGAACAAAGCUAUAUGCCACCUGACUCCUCAAGUCCAGAAAAUAAAAGUUUAGAAGUUAGUGGUACACGUUUUCACAGUUUUUCAUUUUAUGAAUUGAAGAAUGUCACAAAUAACUUUGAUGAACGACCCAUUUCUGUCGGUGGUAAUAAAAUGGGAGAGGGAGGAUUUGGAGUUGUAUAUAAAGGCUACGUAAAUAACGCAACUGUGGCAGUAAAGAAGCUUGCAGCAAUGGUUGACAUUACUACUGAAGAACUGAAACAGCAGUUUGAUCAAGAAAUAAAAGUAAUGGCAAAGUGUCAACAUGAAAACUUAGUAGAACUACUUGGUUUCUCAAGUGAUGGAGAUGACCUCUGCUUAGUAUAUGUUUACAUGCCUAAUGGUUCAUUACUAGACAGACUCUCUUGCUUGGAUGGUACUCCACCACUUUCUUGGCACAUGAGAUGCAAGAUUGCUCAGGGUGCAGCUAAUGGCAUCAAUUUUCUACAUGAAAAUCAUCAUAUUCAUAGAGAUAUUAAAAGUGCAAAUAUCUUACUAGAUGAAGCUUUUACUGCUAAAAUAUCUGACUUUGGCCUUGCACGGGCUUCUGAGAAGUUUGCCCAGACAGUCAUGACUAGCAGAAUUGUGGGAACAACAGCUUAUAUGGCACCUGAAGCUUUGCGAGGAGAAAUAACACCCAAAUCUGACAUUUACAGCUUUGGUGUGGUUUUACUAGAAAUAAUAACUGGACUUCCAGCCGUGGAUGAACACCGUGAACCUCAGUUAUUGCUAGAUAUUAAAGAAGAAAUUGAAGAUGAAGAAAAGACGAUUGAAGAUUAUAUUGAUAAAAAGAUGAAUGAUGCUGAUUCCACUUCAGUUGAAGCUAUGUACUCUGUUGCUAGUCAAUGUCUGCAUGAAAAGAAAAAUAAGAGACCAGACAUUAAGAAGGUUCAACAGCUGCUGCAAGAGAUGACAGAUUCUUAAAACUAUUGGAAUAGACUCUUGACUUUUUAUAUACACCUAUCUCAACCAUUUUUUUUUUUUUAAUUUGAGAUGGAAUCUCGCUCUGUUGCCCAGGCUGGAGUGCAGUGGC